AACAACACGGCCAUGUUUCCUUGCCGUCCAAUCCGCUCCCUAUAAAGCCAGCGUAAAUCCGGUCUGGAAAAUGAGAUAAACGGCUCCUAUCUCGUCUGUCAAAGUCCUUGUCAUACGCUAUCACGGAUUACCCGUCUCAUCAGAAUGCGUGGAAUUGAAGCUCUUGCCUUCCUGGCCGCCAUCGGUGCCGCUCACGGCCAGAGCACGGUCGGAUUUGGCCCGUAUUUCUCUCUAGGCCCUACCCAGUCGUGGAUUAGAGAGGCCAACACCACGCUGGUUCUGCCCGAGGCUCCUAGCCCUCAGAAGGACCGUCUUGCUCUCUGGCCCGGUAUGGGUACAAGCGGUGGUGAUCUGAUCCAGGCUCUCGCUGUUUCUUUCUCCGACCCUAACUCAAACUGUGGCGCCAGCUCUGGACAGUGGUGUACCUGGGCUAGUACUCUUGAGGGCACGCAAUUGGGUGGCAAGGAAGUCCCGGCUUCUGCUGGCGACAAGGUGACCAUGCACUACAAGUACAACGACAGCACGGGCAAGUACGACCAGACCGUCUCGAUCAACGGCGAGGUCGUCUCUACUCUUUCGACCAGCUCGGGACAAGCCCAGGGCUGGGGCACGGCAGUUGAGUGCCAGGACGAUGCGUGCCAGAGCACUGCGGGAGCUCACAAGUACCUUGACACCACCAUCAUCCUUGACGCCGAGGAUAACUCUUUCGGCGACACCCUGUCCAUCAACGAGGCCAGUUCCUCCGGCCUGUCGACGUCGGAUAACGGCAAGACUUGGACUGUGUCGACCAUCAACAUCAACUCUCACACCUACAACCUGUGAGCUUGGUGUUAGUCCUGUAUAUUAUAGCAUAG